AUGACAUAUGUUCUUGUCUAUGUGGAUGACCUUAUUAUAACUAGUAGUGAUAGUGAUUUCAUCACUACAUUUAUUCACACUCUUGAUCAACAAUUCUCUCUCAAAGAUCUUGGUUCCUUAAAUUAUUUUCUUGGUAUUGAAGUCUCUCUAACAUCAAAUGGGAUCAUUUUAUCUCAAGGCAGGUAUAUUCGUGACUUACUUCGUCGAACAAACAAGGCUGAUGCUAAGCCUAUUUCUAGUCCGACUGAACUUGGAUUGCGACGUAUUCUGUCUGGUGAUCCUCUGCCUGAUGCUCAUUUAUAUCGUAGUGUUGUUGGUGCUCUUCAAUAUGUUACCAUCACUAGGCCAGAAAUAUCCUACGCAGUCAAUCGAGUAUGGCAAUUUAUGCAAUCGCCCACUAUUGCUCAUUGGUCAACUAUCAAACGCAUACUUCGAUAUCUAAAAGGAUCCAUUCAUGAUAGCCUCUUACUACGACCUAUGUCUGAUUCUAGUCUUGUGGCCUUUUCGGAUGCUGGUUGGAUCUCUGAUCUUGAUGAUAGUCGCUCCCAAGAUGGCUUUGCACUAUUCUAUAGAGGUAACUUAAUCAGUUGGUCUUCGCGAAAACAAAAGGUUGUAGCCCGCUCAAGUACUGAAGCUGAGUAUCGUGCAUUAGCCUUUGCAACUACUGAAUUAAUCUGGGUACAACAACUUAUCAGUGAACUACGUGCUCCUCUCACUGCACCUCCCAUAGUCCUUUGUGAUAAUCUUAGUGCACAAUUUUUAUCUCGGAAUCCUGUCAUCCAUCAACGAUCAAAGCAUAUUUGUCUUGAUUAUCAAUUUAUCCGAGAGAUUGGUGAAGAUCAAUCUUUAGUGGUUCGCUAUGUUUCAUCUCAAAAUCAGAUUGCAGAUAUCUUUACCAAAGUUGUUGGCACAAGUCGGUUCCUCAAUCUUCGAUCCAAGCUCAUGGUUCACUCCUGA